AUGUCUAACAAAGCCGCUUUCAUCACAGAGGCUAAAGCCAACCCACUGCAGGUCAAGAACGCGCCAUUGCCUUCUGCCGGCAAGGGAGAGAUCGUUGUGAGGAAUCAUGCAGCCGCUGUCAACCCUGUAGACUGUAAGCACUUUCCAGCAAAUCUGAGCACAAUGAAAGCUAAUGUAGGCUAGGGAAGAUCCAGGAUUAUGGUGCAUCACCCACUCGUCAAUAAUAGCAGCGGACAGCAAUUGACAUCUGCAGGCAUCUUCCUCCAGAAAUACCCUAAUGUUUUGGGGACUGAUGUAGCCGGCGAGGUCCACGAAGUUGGCGAGGGUGUCACACAUGUGAAGAAAGGCGAUCGUGUCCUCGGACAUGCAUUCUCUCUCGUAAGCAACAACCCUGCGCAGGGCGGCUUCCAGCUCUACACUUCUCUCAACGCGCUCGUCGUGUCCAAGAUCCCCGACAACCUGUCCUACACCUCAGCAGCCGUCCUCCCACUCGCAAUCUCGACGGCCGCAGCCUGCCUCUUCAAGAAGGAAACCCUCGCUCUUCCUCUUCCGAAGAGCUCAGAUGCAAGCCCUCCUUUGAGCGGCAAGUCUGUGCUAGUGUGGGGUGGCUCGAGCAGCGUCGGCGCGACAGCCAUCCAGCUCGCAGCUGGCGCAGGUCACAAGGUUAUCAGCGUUGCAUCGGAGCGCAACAUUGACGGUGUCAAGGACCUGGGAGCUACCGCUGUGUUUGACUACCACUCCUCUUCGGUAGCAGACGACAUUAUCGCUGCGCUCGAGGGCACCGAGUUUGCUGGUGUCUGCGAUGCUAUUGGCACACCCGACGCCGUGAAGGCGUGGUCUCCGGUGUACAAGAAGCUCGGCGGAAAGUACGGGUCGGUGUUGCCUGGUGCUGAAGGCCUGCCUGACGGUAUCAAGGGCACAAGUGUCUUCGGACCAAGUGUUGCGCUCGACGACAAAUACAUUGGCGAUGUUAUUUGGGCAAAAUGGGUACCCGAAGCUCUGCAGAAAGGAACUUUGAAGGCCUCGCCCGAGGCAAUCGUUGUGAAGGGUGGUCUUGACUCUGUGCAAGAGGGCUUGAACAAGCAGAAAGCCGGAGUUAGUUUUGGAAAGAUUGUGGUGGAGUUGUAG